AUGCGCUGGUUGAUUUUCCUCUUCCUGUUGGGUGGCAAUGUCGUCGAUGUGGGGAUGGUUUUGAGGUGGAGAGGAUUGCGAAGCAGGGAGAUGGUGUGGGUAAUAAAGGAAAAUGAAUUUCGAAGUUGGGUCAUCUUGUGGGAAGGAGCUAUUCUGUUAUUUUCAUAUGGGAGGGAAAUUUGUGACAAAUGUGAAGGUGAAGUGAGAUAUAAUGGAGGUGGUGUAAGGUUAAGAAGCAUUAAGGAUGGGCUGACACUUAAAGAAUUGAGGCUAAUGAUAUGUGAGUGGAUUGGUGGUGAUCGAAGAAAUUAUGACAUUAAGUAUACAGUGGCCUUUGACGAGAAGACACUGAUUGACCUUCAUGAAAGUGCUGAAAUAUAUAACCUCUUUCAAUACAAUGGGAACAACGGUCAUGUAAUAGAGAGGUUCAUGGGCAUGUCACAGCAAACAGAACUGGAUGCAUCUUCUAUUAGUUUGUGUUGUGAUUAUGGCUGGUUUAAUGAAGAAAAUGCUCGUGAAUGUGACAAUGAUGAAAGAAGUGGGCCCCCUAAUGUGGAUACAUCCAUCAGAGUUGAAGAUACGGAUGGUAGUGAGAUGGUUCAUGUGGAAUGGAGGGGACUUUUUACAGGAGUAGGCCAAUGUUUUUCUAGUGUAGAUGUAUUUUGGGUGUCUACAUACAAGUUUGCACUUGCAAACAAGUUUGUGCCCAAGUAUGUGAGGAAUAGCAAGAAAUUCAUGUCGGUGAGGUGUAAAGUUGAGGGUUGUCCAUGGAAGCUAUGUGCAAAUCAUGUGGGGAAGAGUUGUAAUGUGCUACGAGUGACGACAUUUAUAAACUGGCAUGUUCAUUUUGCCCAAGAUAGCUUGGACGUGAUGCAUAGUGGAAGAGCUAGUUUGAACUCAUCAAUAAUGAUUGAUGAGAUGAGGGAUCAUGCAGACAAGUGCACUUCUCAGAUAAGGAAGAAGUUGAAACGAGAGCUAAAGGAAACAGAUGAAAAAAUCGUGGCUGAAUGGACUACUAUUGGGAAUCGGUUUGAGUGUAUUUUCAUUGCCUACGGGUCAUGCAUUGAGGGUUUCUUGGGUGGCACAAGGCAUAUUAUGUAUGUUGAUGGAACUCACUUAAACAGACCAUACAAGGAGACAAUGUUGUCAGUUUCAGCUUAUGAUGUAGAUAACGAGUUGCUGUCGUUUGCAAUUACAAUUGUCAAGAAGAAACACUAG